AGUGGAAACCCACUUUUCCUCUCCCAGAGUGCCCCGCCCCUCGUUCAGACGAAAAAUGGCGGGGUCUUCUGAGUUGGUGGUCCUUGACCCCCCAUGGGACAAGGAGCUAGCGACGGGGACAGAGAGUCAGGCCUUGGUCUCCGCCACUCCCCGAGAGGACUUUCGGGUGCGCUGCACCUCGAAGCGGGCUGUGACCGAAAUGCUACAACUGUGCGGCCGCUUUGUGCAAAAGCUCGGGGACGCUCUGCCGGAGGAGAUUCGGGAGCCCGCGCUGCGAGAUGCGCAGUGGACUUUUGAAUCAGCUGUGCAAGAGAAUAUCAGCAUUAAUGGACAAGCAUGGCAGGAAGCUUCAGAUAAUUGUUUUAUGGAUUCUGACAUCAAAGUACUUGAAGAUCAGUUUGAUGAAAUCAUAGUAGAUAUAGCCACAAAACGUAAGCAGUAUCCCAGAAAGAUCCUGGAAUGUGUCAUCAAAACCAUAAAAGCAAAACAAGAAAUUCUGAAGCAGUACCACCCUGUUGUACAUCCACUGGACCUAAAAUAUGACACUGAUCCAGCCCCUCAUAUGGAAAAUUUGAAAUGCAGAGGGGAAACAGUAGCAAAGGAGAUCAAUGAAGCCAUGAAGUCCUUGCCUGCAUUAAUUGAACAAGGAGAGGGAUUUUCCCAAGUUCUCAGGAUGCAGCCUGUUAUCCACCUCCAGAGGAUUCACCAAGAAGUCUUUUCCGGUUGUUACAGGAAACCAGAUGCUAAACCUGAGAAUUUUAUAACACAGAUAGAAACCACACCAACAGAGACUGCUUCCAGGAAAACCUCUGAUGUGGUACUGAAAAGAAAGCAAACUAAAGACUGCCCCCAGAGAAAAUGGUAUCCAUUGCGGCCAAAGAAAAUUAAUCUUGAUACAUGAGCUCUUUCUGUUUAUUUUGGGAGUUGAAAAUAGGCGCCGUCAACAUUUAGAUUACAGCCUAAUUAAUACCUAGAUAAGACUUCAUUUGAAACAAGAAAUAACUCUUUUACUAGUGAUUCAUUUAUACAAGUACAGUGUCUCUGUGUGGGGAUAUGAUAUAAUAUUGUAUUUCCUUGCUGUUUUAUCUAUUGUAAAUAAAAAGCAUUUUAAAAAAUAUUGACACAAAGCCCAUCAGUGGGUAUUAAAAAUAUUAAAAGUGCAGCCUUUUACUGUCCUUAAGUGCUAUCAACUCUCAGCUCCCUUGUAGCUUUUGUGGGAUUUAACAAGUAACAAAUUCUGUUGUGUUUCCCUGGUAUACAUCUUUCCAGGAAAAAAAAAAAAGAGAGAGAGAGCUGUAUAAUGAUUUUUCAUUUACAUGCUGAAAAGUAGUUAUCAGUUCUGCGCAGCAGCAGAUGCAGCAUUUUUUUUUAAAGAUGUAGUGUGAUUUGUCAAAUUAAUGUGCAGAUGAUAAUACUGGCUUUGACUUUGUUACUCCAUGUUCAGCUCAUUUAGGUUUGUGAGAUUAAUUUUAGGACUUUUUGUUGUGUAAGACAAUGAUGACUAUUAUUUGUGCAACAUUACUCUUUGAAAUAAAAAUUGGCAUGUAGCCAAUGUUUCCUGCCCACACUUUUUUCUAUAGACCAUUAACAUAAUUUGACUUGGAACUAAUGAUUUCUUUUUAGGGUUUCUUAUUUCUUUCUUUAUAGAUCAUUCCAGUUCAAAAUAUAUAUCAGAUUAAUACACUGGCAAAGUAUCAUUGUGUUAUUGAACUAUUUUACAUUUGAAGAUGUUUAUAUAUCAGGUAUAUAAUCACUGGGAGAAGUCUGAGAAAGCGAUAUUGCCUUUAUUUCUAACAUUUAACUGUAGUUUCUUAUAGCUCUUAUUGUGUGUCUUACAUUAUACAGUGUAGGCAGGGCCAUCAAACCUACCAACUGUUUCCCCUUUUGAUGACUCUGAUACCUUCAUUCAUUUUUCAAAUGAAUUUACUGAUCAUGAGGUUGGAAAAUCUGGAUUUCUCUUGCUUAUUCUAUGUUAAUAAUCAUAAAUGUCUCGAUUCACCAGAAGUCACCAGAAGGUGUGUCUCGGCGAAGAAAACUUACAAAGCCACUUUACUGCAUUUUGUGUUUCAGUGUUACCAUUUGAGAUCUGUAUAUUUGUACAUAGCCACGUGCUUUUCAUUAAAAUAAUGUACAAAGACUGA